CAAGAAACAAAGGACUUCUCAACACAUUAGCAUCAUGGGUCUCUUGAAUACUUGGACAGUUUAAAAAUUACUUUAUAUUUUGGGGAAAAACAUCAUGAUUCAAUUUAGCGAGAUACCCUAGAUGCUCCGACAGCACCUGACUGAGUCUAGCUCUGAUGUGCAAGAUACUUUUCAGUCAUACUAAGAGACAUAAGGAGUCCUGUUUAUGGCUGCUCAAGGUUCUUAUUCGUACCCUGCUUAUGGAAAUACUGCACCUCCAUAUCCUCCAGUCCAGCAUGCACCGGAUCCAUACCCGCCACCUCUGAAUCCUUAUGGUGUUCCUUCAGCUGGCUUUGCUGGUCCUUUUGCACCUCAGCCAGGUUAUGCUGUCUACCCUCCAGUCAGUGCUCCUAUGCUAGCUCAUCAAGCAGGUGGACCACCAUCUCAGCCCCAAGUCCAGUGGAUGCAAACACCAGCUCCUAUUCCUAACUGUCCACCUGGAUUAGAGUACCUUACAAUGAUCGACCAAAUACUUGUUCAUCAAGUUGUUGAACUUGUUGAAGCCUUAACAGGAUUUGAGACCAAAAACAAGUAUGAACUAAAGAACAGCUUGGGGCAGAGAGUUUAUUAUGCAGUUGAAGACAGCGAAUUCUGUAACCGAAUAUGUUGUGGGUCUAAUCGAGCAUUUGUCAUAAAGAUUUUGGAUAAUAUAGGACACACUAUCAUGCACCUUAUGCGUCCUCUAGGAUGUGGAUCAUGUUGCUGUCCUUGUUGUCUACAUCAGAUGGAAGUUCAGGCACCACCAGGAAAAACUAUUGGCUAUGUAGUCCAGGAAUGGCAUCCCUUUAUACCUAAAUUCAGCAUUCAGAAUGAAAAGCAUGAAACAGUGUUGAAAGUCAAAGGUCCCUGCUUGGCAUUCAGUUGUCUUGGUGAUGUAAACUUUGACGUUGUAAGUCUGGAUGAGACUAGCAUUGUUGGAAAGAUAUCGAAGCAGUGGACAGGUCUUAUUCGAGAAUACCUCACGGAUAUUGAUAAUUUUGGAAUUCAGUUUCCAAUGGAUUUGGAUGUUAAAAUUAAAGCUGUCCUUCUUGGAGCAUGUUUACUGGUGGAUUUUAUGUACUUUGAACAAAAUUCUGGAGGUGUGCAACAUGGUGGAGCUUGGCGGAUGCUGUAGUUACAAAAUUACAGAGCUUGAUGAGAAAUGUUAUGAUACUUUAAGAAAGAAAAAGAGAAGUUGUACAACAUGACAGAUGCCCAAUAACGUGCCUAACUUAAUUUCAGCUUGGAAUCAAUAGAAAGAAAAAUAAUUCACUGUUGUUCUUAGUGAGGUUUUUUUAUUACACUGCCACAUUGUUUCAUUUAUUAUUCCAUAGAACAGCAAAUGUGUGUUCAGUGUCACCCUGUUAUUUAAAUGUACAUUUAUUUUGUAACACUUAUUUUAUAUCACUAAAAUUGGUGGUUUUUCUGUGUAUCUGGUGGUGUCCGUUGAUGUAUCAUACAUUUUGGGGUUAUCUCAAGAAACUGGAAUAAUAAGCUGAGAAUUUCCUUUCACCUGUUCUCUCUCUGUCACUGUAACUUCACCAGAAAUGGUGGAAAACCCAUGUACGUGUGUCAGUGGGGUUUCUGCAACAUUUCUGGCAAGAGAUGCAGCUGGAGGUGGUGGGGGCAGGGGUAUCAGGAAGAAUCUUUUUUACACACAACAAAUGGUAAUGACCUGGAACUCAUUGCUUAUGAGGGUAGUGGAAGUGAAGAUGAUAAAUAAUUUCAAAAGGAAUUUGGAUGGGCAUUUGAGUGAAAUUAACUUGCAGUGCGAUGGGGAUAGAGUGGGAGGAGCAAGACUGACUGGAUUGUUCUUCAGAGAGCUUUGAUGGACUCAGUGGACCGAAUGGCCUCCUUCUGUGCCAUAAUGAUUCUAUGACUUAUGGUAAUGAAAUAGAUCUGUCGGCAAGUUAGAUUCUAUGGUCAUAGUUUCCUAUUUGUCCUGUCCAUCCAAUAUAUUUUUACUCAGCUGUAGCCCAGUAUGUAGUCAAAAUUAGAAAAAAGUGACCAUGUAUCUCAAACCUUACUAUCAUUGGUACAAUUUUUUAGCAUCCAAGACUUGAUUUUAACAAUAAGCAAUGUCAUAAACAGAAGUUUUUAAAACACUCAACUGUAUGUAACAAAACACUGUUAAUAAAUUAUUGCAAUUUGUACUUCCCUUGCCGUCCCAGAUCUUUGCCAUGCAUUAAUAUAUGGAGAAAUACAUCUGAUAACAAUGCACUUUCUCAUUGUUACAACCUUUAGUACUAUUCAGGAGAUAGGUUAUAAUUUUCAAAGGAGGGAGUUUUUACUGUUUUAUGCUUAUCCAUGGUGGGCUUAUUAGGGAAAAAGAAACAUUAACAGGAAAACGAGGUUAUAAUUUUCAAAGGAGGGAGUUGUUUUUACUGUUUUAUGCUUAUCCAUGGUGUGCAUAUUAGGGAAAAAGAAACAUUAUCAGGAAGACGCUACCUUUUUUAAGUUUAGCCAUUUUCAAUACCAAGAAAGUAGAAGUAGAGAAAAUGUAAAAAUGUUCGGAGUGAUUGUAAUACGGAUAUGAUUUAUUUUUAAUUUACAAUUCUCAUAUGCACAAAGUUUAUAUUAAUAUGUAGCAAACAAUUAAAGCUUCUUCCUUCCAAGAAGAAUGGGUGUGAUCUUCUCUCCAAAGGUUUCCAAGCCCUGCACUGAUGAAAGAUUUUGAUUGCAUUGACCUGGAAUCUGUUUGCAUUUUGUGCUUUCAGUGACAUUGUAAACAAUGCUGAUGUUGCAUUAAACUAACAAAAGAUGUAAACUUUUUGACA